CGCCCCGUGCUCGGUGGCCGCUCUUGCCGUCCUUCCCGCCGCCGCCGGGCCAGCAGAGUGCUUCCCCAAUUUGGAAAGUGGGGCCGAGGCGCCGGCCGCCGGCAGGGCAGCCAUGGAGGUAGCGGCGCGGAGGCGACAGCAUCCGGGAGCGGCGGGCGGCGCGGGCGCGCAGCCGGGCGCCUCCUUCCUGCAGGCCAGGCACAGCACCGCCAAGGCUGAUGAAGCUGCAAGCACAGCUCCCUUUCACCUUGACCUCUGGUUCUACUUCACCCUGCAGAACUGGGUUCUAGACUUUGGCCGCCCCAUUGCCAUGCUGGUGUUCCCUCUCGAAUGGUUUCCACUCAACAAGCCCAGCGUGGGGGACUACUUCCACAUGGCCUACAACGUCAUCACGCCCUUCCUCCUGCUCAAGCUCAUUGAGCGGUCCCCUCGAACCCUGCCGCGCUCCAUGAUCUACAUCAGCAUCAUCACCUUCAUCAUGGGCGCCAGCAUCCACCUGGUGGGCGACUCCGUGAACCACCGUUUGCUCUUCAGUGGCUACCAGCACCACCUGUCUGUCCGGGAGAAUCCCAUUAUCAAGAAUCUCAAGCCAGAGACGCUGAUCGACUCCUUCGAGCUGCUCUACUACUACGACGAGUACCUGGGCCACUCCAUGUGGUACAUCCCCUUCUUCCUCAUCCUCUUCAUGUACUUCAGCGGUUGUUUCACUCCCAUCAAAGCCGAGAGUUCGAUGCCAGGGGUGGCCCUGCUCCUGGUGAUGCCCAGUGGCCUAUACUAUUGGUACCUGGUCACCGAGGGCCAGAUCUUCAUCCUCUUCACCUUCACCUUCUUCGCCAUGUUGGCCCUUGUCCUGCACCAGAAGCGCAAGCACCUCUUCCUGGACAGCAACGGCCUCUUCCUCUUCUGCUCCUUCGCCCUCACCCUCCUGCUUGUGGCGCUGUGGGUUGGCUGGCUGUGGGAUGACGCGGUGCUCAGGAAGAAGUACCCGGGUGUCAUCUACGUCCCUGAGCCCUGGGCCUUCUACACCCUGCACGUCAGCGGCCGACGCUGAGCCCCUGGCACCAGGCGCCGGCGCCCUGCCUGGCGGGACACGGGCCGCGGAGGGUGGCCGAGCGGGGACGUGCGUGCGUGCGUGCGUGCGUGCGCGGACGCGUGCGUCCCUCCGGUGUGCGCUGUCGCAGCCGCGGCGGGAGGGGCACGCACUGAGCGCCUGGCCCGGGGUGUGCGCGCGCAGAGAGCGUCGGCGCAAGGCUCGAUUGUGUGGAGCAAGUUUCUCUUCGGUUUGGAUCUUGUCAGGGUGGGAUAUAGUCGGCGGCCGUGUGUGCCCGGGCCGAGGUGUGGGCCCCGCCUUCCCAUGCACCUGACUGGCGUCGGGCCCUCUCACUCACCGCUCAGGGCCGCUCUCCUCCUGCGGUGGCUUCUGGUAGCCAUGCUGGGUCGGCCUGGCGGGUGGGGCAGCAGUGGUGAGGGGACUGGGCAUGUCACCCGCCACCUGGCUCACCCCUCAGACCUGCCCUGACCCUGAAGGCCAGAUUACAAAGGUUCAGUUAACUUUCUGGGUAUUGUUGAGCAAAGCACAUCCCUCCUCUGGGCCUCAUUUGCACUAGCUGGGACGAGGGCCCAAAGUGUGUCAGUGGGCUGGUUGUUGGGGCAGCCCUGGAUUGGACGGCUCGUUCUCUCCUGUCGCUGCCCUCUGCUACCCCGGGAAGGGUGUGUGCGCCGCAGAUCCUCCCCCAAACUCAGGUCACACGGAGGGUUGCGCCGCCAGACUCCCCUGAGCACCAUUUCCCUCUGCCAGAAGCUGUCUCCCUGCUUCCUCCCAGAACUGUGGCACCCCUUCCUGGCAGCCUGACCAGGAUGUCUGAGCUGCAGCUGAAGGCUGUGUUCUCAAACACUCGUGGUAUUCCUUGAGCCCCGUUAUAGGGUCAGGGGGCAUUUGGGGGAUGUUGGGAGGGGGGCAGAUCUGGAGGCUCUCCCCCAUAGGCCUUGUCUCAGCCUGAAUCUCAUGCUUUCUGCUCAUGGCCCUGCUCCCAGAAAAGGGAGGCUUCAUUCCCAGCAGGACACCCCGGGCCCGCCUUCCCCCAGGCCUUGGGGCCAGGUCUGCCCACACAGCUGCCGGCACCAGUCUCAUUUUCCAGCCAGCACUGGCUUGGCGAGCUUGUGGGUCUCAGGGGGCCUGCCCUACCUUCCCCGGGCCCUACCCCCUCUCCUGUGUUCUCAGGGAGCCCUGUGCCUCAGAUGUUCCUUUCAUGUUGGGGUCCCUCUGCAGCCCCCUUAGAGGCCCCCCAGCCCCGGGUUCCAUGGGCGGAGAGAGGUGUGAAUAAAGACCAGUGUGGAGCCCAGCCUGGCUGGUGGCUGCUGCUUUCUCUGGGUGUGAAUUUGGGCGGCAGGAGGGAGAUCCCUGGGGCCGGAGAGACAGUGGCUGGUCUGUGGCCGGUCAGGGGCUGAGAGCAGGCCCUGCUACUGUCCGUUGGCCUUCCGUGCCACCCUGUGGGAUGCUGGGGGUGGGGGGCAAGAAGGGCCUCCUCCCAGUCAGUUCUAGCUCUCUUGUGAGGAGUCUGGGGGGGCCUGGGGGGGCGGGGAGCCAGGAUAGGGCAUCUCCAGGCCUGCCUCUCCCGAAAUGGCCCCUCAGGCCUCCCUACUCUGCUGCGAGCCCACUCCAGAGGCUGAAACAGAGAAGGUACCCUUUGGGGGAAGGUGGGGAGGCUGGUUUGUUGGAGGUUGGCCCCAAGCCUUGGGCAAGUCGCUUACUCCCUCGGGGUCUCAGACUCAC